AUGCUCCGUGUGCCCCCAAUAGAUGUCGAUAUGCUAUGUGUUCCUACAACAGAUGUUGAUAUGCUCCAUGUGCCCACAAUAGAUGUCGAUAUGCUCCAUGUUCCCACAAUAGACGUCGAUAUGCUCCAUGUUCCCACAAUAGAUGUCGAUAUGCUCCAUGUGCCUACAAUAGAUACCAAUAUGCUACGUGUGCCUACAAUAGAUACCGAUAUGCUACGUGUACCACAAUAG